CGCGAGGCCGCGGCGCUCCAUAAAAGCCCCCGGGCCGGGAGGAGGGGACCGCGGCAGCUGGACGGGGCGCGGGCGGCGGCACUAUGGCCCAGUCCGUGUGGGGCUACGACAGCGACAACGGACCCGAGCGCUGGCACGAGAACUACCCCCUGGCCAAGGGCGACAAGCAGUCGCCCAUUGAGAUCAACAGCAAGGAUGUGCAGCACGACUCCUCUCUCUCCUCCUGGCACGCCAGCUAUGACCCCGGGGCAGCGAAAACCAUCCUGAACAACGGGCGCACCUGCCGCGUCGUCUUCGACGACACUUUUGAUCGAUCAGUGCUGAGGGGGGGCCCGUUGAGCGGCGCCUACCGCCUGCGCCAGCUGCACCUGCACUGGGGCUCCUGCGACCAGCACGGCUCCGAGCACGUCAUCGACGGCGUCAAGUACGCGGCAGAGUUACAUAUGGUGCACUGGAACCCAAAACACGGUAAUUUUGCUGGAGCUUUAAAACAACCUGAUGGUGUAGCUGUUGUGGGAAUUUUUCUGAAAGUUGGGCAAACUCCCAAACCAGAAAUGAAGAGAAUUCUUGAAGAAAUUGAAAACAUUAAGACUAAGGGAAAGGAGGCUCCUUUUCUGCACUUUGAUCCUUCAAUUCUUUUCCCCAAAUCUCGUGACUACUGGACCUACCAUGGUUCAUUCACCACACCCCCCUGUGAGGAGUGCAUCACUUGGAUUCUCCUGCGGGAGCCAAUUGAAGUCAGCUCAGACCAGAUGGCAAAGCUCCGUAGCCUUUCCAAGAACUCUGAGAAUGAACCCGUGAGCCCUCUUGUUGACAACUGGCGCCCACCGCAGCCCCUGAAGGGCAGGAUAGUGAGAGCCUCGUUCAAGUGAAAUCUCAAGUCUUGCUCUGCUGAACCUGAGUGAGAAAAUCUCUACAUCACUGUUUUUCGCUGUCUACUGCUUUUCCUCUGGAUCCAAGUCUGUGUUUCUCAGUUUGAAAUUCUGAGUGGUAAAAGUAAAUCUGUUUUUAAAAGCAGAAGAAUACUGUAUGCAAACACUAAACAUAAUAAGCAAAUGUGAGAAGUAAUGAUUCUUGACCAAAAAUGCCUCAGCAUUUAUGGUCACUUCUCUGCCUUGUAGUCUUAUAAGAAAAACAGGCUCAGUUUCAAUAUUUAAAAUUAAGUUCAAAUGCAAUAUAGUAAGGCAAAAAAAUAACCAGUAGUUCAGGAAAGCAGAAGUAAUGGUAGAUGAACAGGAGGGAAAUGCCUGUCUGCCCUGUGAUCUUGCUCAGACACCCCACCCUCAGAGGAGACAUCCAAAGAAUAAGUACCCUUUUAACAUACCAGGUUUCCCCUUCCCUGUCUUGUUCAUAGUUUCUUAUCCAAGAUUAAAUUAGUGGUCUGAGGGUAAAAUCAGGCACACUCAGUUUCUGAGUGAAGAAGAAAAGAGACUUUGCUGUCAUUUCAGCAUUUGCUGUCUUCAGCAUAUCCUGCUCCUGCCAUUGUUGAUCUUUUCUUCCUUCACUGCUGUUGUUACUUCACCCACCCAGUGUAGAGUCCUGCUGGUAUCAUAUUGCCUUGUAUUUAGCAUAUCAACUUUAGUACUGCUGAGGGAGAAGUGCCUUUCUUCUGCUGCUCCAUGUUAUCUCCCAGAAUGAUGGAUUUUUGAUGCUUUGCCUGCUUUCUAUAUUUGACACCUUAAUAGUAUCGCCAGUUAGGGAUUUUGUUGCAUAUGGAAAGGAUCUCUCUGGAUGAUUCAUAUGUGUCACUUGGGAAAAAUCCAGAUUAAGUCACAUAAGAGUUUGUUUAUUUGACUCUGUAGCUGGAGAAUAUAAAUGGAUUCUGUUUGGCUCAGUUUCUUUGUGGGGAGACACAUCAGUUUUCAAAUAAGAUCCAAGCAAGGAAUCACACAGACAGAAAUAUCUAUAUCAACUUCCCCUGUCCUUCAUCAUGCACACUUCAUCAUUUCAGAGUACAAGUACCAUCUAGGUUGAACCCACACAGAGAUCAUGUGAAUAAAGAUCUACAUUAUAUUCAACACCCAGGUGAUUAUUCAGUAUUGGACAUAGAGGAGAUUGGAUGGUCAAAGGUGGUGCAUAAAUCCCACUGCACGGGCAGCUUCUGGGUUCUCUGUGUUCCUGUAACUCUCAGGAAUGGUACUGUAGGUAGCAGUGGGUGUUCUUCUGGAGAUGUUGCCACAAACAUGUUCACAGCAGCAUUUAUGAGGGAUAUGUCAAUGUCUGAAAAAAACCAGACUACAAAUGGCUGGAACAGGCAUUUCCCAGUUUGUCUUAAUUAUUUCACUUUCACUUUAGUAGAAAAAGGGUGCUCCAACAGGGAAGUAAUGAAUGGGCAACACUGGACAAAUUCUACUGUUAUUACCAGUACAAUUCAGUGAGAACCCAGAAAUUAA